CAAUGUUAAAAAUAGCUGCUGAGCUGUGAGGAGAGAUCUCAGAGCCUGGAUCCAGCUCAGAAAGGCAGGCCUCUCUUGACCAAAAGCCAUCCUAGGUGAGCGUAAUUCUAGUUCCCUGCUUGCAUUUCACACAGCACCAAAAUAGUUCCAGAUUGUUUGAAAUAGUCACAGAGACAUGGGACUCCUUUAGCUAAGCGCUGACAUCUUUCACCUCCUUAAUAAUUCAUCAGGCUUAUUUAUCUUCCCGAGGAAUCCAAUGGCAUCGUUCCACAUUUUCGCAAAACUCCCUUGAAAUUUCCCAAGGAUGUCCAGACGCCUCACGGUGAAGGACCAGCCCCAGCUCCACACAGCCUGCCCUGAGCCCCAGAGAGGGGGACAUGGCCGGAAUGACUCUCCAGAGCUCGGAGGGCUGUCCUGGCCUGGGACCUGAUGUGUUCAUUCCCCAGAGCCUACAAGAGACUGAAGAAGACAGCAGAUCAGAAAGAAAUGUCAGUGAGUUUGAGUAUCCACAGGACCCGGAAACUCCUAAUCUCCCACCUCUGCUUCCCAUGGCCCUUUGGGGCUCUCAGGGCGAGCUGUCUCCAUGCCACCUACUGACCGUGAAGGUCAUCCGGAUGAAAAACGUCCGACAGGCUGAUAGGGUGAGCCAGACAGACUGCUUUGUGAGCCUCUGGCUGCCCACCGCUUCUCGUGAGAAGCUGAAGACUAGGACCAUCUCCAACUGCCCAAACCCAGAGUGGAAUGAAACCUUCAGCUUCCAGAUCCAGAGCCAAGUGAAGAACGUGCUAGAGCUGAGCAUCUGUGAUGAAGAUACACUGACACCAGAUGACCAUCUCUUGACAAUCCUCUAUGACCUCACCAAACUCUGCUUCCGAAAGAAAACCCAUGUGAAGUUCCCACUCAACCCGGAGGGCAUGGAAGAGCUGGAGGUAGAGUUCCUGCUGGAGGAGAGUCCCUCUCCACCCGAGAUGCUCAUCACCAAUGGCGUGCUCGUGUCUCGGCAAGUCUCCCGCCUGGAGGUUCAUGCAGAAUGCCAGAGGCGGAAGAAGAGCAGGAAAAUGAAGGACCUCCUGGUGACAGUGAAGGAGUCCUUCGAGCACACCCAACACGUUUCAUGCUGCCUGGAGCCCUGCUGCGCAAACCCAGCCUGCUUCCACUACCCCGAGUACUUCCAGCCCUGCCUGCACGUGGACGUGCCCAAGAGCCCGUGGGGCCACAGGCUUUGCUGUUGCUGUGCACAGAGGAAGACCAGCCCUGUCCGCCAGCCCCUUGACUGCCUCCCCGAUGGCCAGACGGUGACCCUGCCCGUGGGUGAGAACUGUGAAUUACAUAUGAAGUCUACACCCUGCCCUCCGACGCUGGAUGUGCGGCUGGGCUUCAGCCUGUGCCCCGCCGAGCAGGAGUUCCUGCAGAAGCGGAAGGUGGUGGCGGCAAAGGCCCUGCAACAGGUGUUGCAGCUGGAGGAGGACCUGUCUGCGGACGAGGUACCACUGAUAGCCAUCAUGGCCACCGGGGGUGGAACAAGAUCCAUGACUGCCAUGUAUGGCCACCUGCUGGGGCUGCAGAAGCUGAACAUCCUGAACUGUACCAGCUACAUCACUGGCCUGUCUGGGGCCACCUGGACCAUGGCUACCUUGUACCGUGACCCUAACUGGUCCUCCAAAAACCUAGAGCCUGCCAUAUUUGAGGCACGGAGGCACGUGGUCAAAGACAAGAUGCCUGCCCUGUUCCCAGACCAGCUCUCCAAAUUCCAGGAGGAGCUUCGGCAGCGCAGUCAGGAAGGCUACAAGGUCACCUUUACAGAUUUCUGGGGCCUGCUGAUUGAGGCCUGUCUGGGGGAUGAGAGAGAUGAAUCCAAACUGUCAGAUCAGCGUGCUGCUCUGUGUGAGGGCCAGAACCCCCUGCCCAUCUACCUCACCAUCAAUGUCAAGGAUGAUGUAAGCAACCAGGAUUUCAGAGAGUGGUGUGAGUUCUCCCCCUACGAGGUGGGCCUGCAGAAGUACGGGGCCUUCAUCCCCACCGAGCUCUUCGGCUCCGAGUUCUUCAUGGGGCGGCUGAUGAAGAGGAUCCCAGAGUCACGGAUAUGCUACAUGCUAGGCUUGUGGAGCAGCAUCUUCUCCCUAAACUUGCUUGAUGCCUGGAAUCUGUCCCAAAGCUCGGAGGAGUUUUUCCACAGAUGGACCAGGGAGAGAGUGCACGACAUCGAAGAUGAGCCACUCCUGCCCGAAAUCCCCAAAUGUGAUGCCAACGUCUUGGACACUACAGUGGUGAUCCCAGGGUCGUGGCUCUCCAAUACUUUCCGCAGCAUCCUCACCCACCGGGCCUUUGUGUCUCAGUUCCACAACUUCCUGUUGGGCCUGCAGUUGCACACCGACUACCUCCAGAACAGCCAGUUCUCCAUGUGGAGAGACACGGUGCUAGAUGGUUUCCCAAACCAGCUGACAGAGUCUGUGAGCCACCUGUGCCUGUUGGACACCGCAUUCUUCAUCAACUCCAGCUACCCUCCCCUCCUUAGGCCCGAGAGAAAAGUCGACCUCAUCAUCCACCUCAAUUACUGUGCUGGGUCCCAGACAAAGCCCAUGAAACAAACCUGUGAGUACUGCACCGUGCAGAACAUCCCCUUCCCCAAAUACGAGCUGCAAGAGGACGAGGAAAACCUCAAGGAGUGCUACUUGCUGGAGAACUCCCAGGAGCCUGAUGGCCCCAUCGUCCUUUUCUUCCCACUCAUCAACGACUCCUUCCAGAAAUACAAGGCCCCAGGUGUGGAGCGAAGCCCUGAGGAGCUGGAACACGGCCACGUGGACAUUUAUGGCCCCCAAACUCCAUACGCUACCAAGGAGCUGACAUACACAGAGGCCGCCUUUGACAAGCUGGUGAAGCUCUCUGAGUACAACAUCCUGAAUAACAAGGACAAGCUCCUUUGGGCCUUGAGACUGGCGGUGGAGAAGAAGAAACACCUGAAGAGCGAGUGUCCCUCCUAAGUCCCAGCGAGCCUCACCGAUCUUGUGUCUGCUUCUAUGGUCAGAGGCGUGGUGUCCCUCCUAAGUCCCAGCGAACCUCACCGAUCUUGUGUCUGCUUCUAUGGUCAGAGGCGUGGAGCCCAUCAGGGCUGACCAGCCUGCUCAGCCGGCUCUGCUCUCUGGCAGGGGGCGUAGGCAGGCUGACCAGGGCAUUUUAUCAAAAAAAUAAAAAUUUUAAAAAGUUGAGGGAGAUAGAGAAAGAAACAAAAGGAACAUAACACAGGCAUGUGUUGGGAUUUUCAACCCACAGGAAUUUUUUUAAACCUUUCCCUGCAGGGAAGGGGUCCAGUAGCCACAGGGUCCCACACAUGCCUCAAGUAUGGAGAAUAAAAGCGUGGCCUGCGGAAGAGAUGAGUUCCCCAGAAACAGCCUGCGAGCUGGAGCUAAAAGCCCCCUCAAUUCUACUCCUCUCGGCCUCCUGGCACAGAGGGCCUCCAGGAAUAAACAAGAGGAGGACCUGAAGAGUACUCUGGGUUCUCUGGAAAAAACGCCUUUUUAAACUUAAGGCAAUCAUUAUUUUUUUUUUUAAGAUUUUAUUUAUUGAGAGGGAGAGAGAAGGAUAGCAUGAGAGGGAGGAGGGUCAGAGGGAGAAGCAGACCCCCUGCUGAGCAGGGAGCCCGAUGUGGGGCUCAAUCCCAGGACCCUGGGAUCAUGACCUGAGCCGAAGGCAGUCGCUCAACCGACUGAGCCACCCAGGAGCCCCAAGGCAAUCAUUAUUUUUAUAGGCUAUUAUAUUUUGUGGUUUUCGUUGUUUUGAAUCAGGGUAUUCAUAGAUAGUGUGAUGAUCUAGAAGAUCUAGACCGAGCACUAGACCGAGAACUGGUCUCUUCAGCAACAAAGCCAAACAGGUGACGGGCGGGUCUCAGCAGUCCCUCUCCAGCCGCUCAGAGCCCCUGGAACACUGAUCCCUGGGAUCUCAACCAGGCAGCCUCAUCUGAGCACCUAGCUCCAAUGACAUGCCCAGCAAAGCCCAUGUCUGCAGCUCAAGCUCUCGGAACGAGAAUCUGGGGUGCAGCUCAGGGAUGUCUGAGCAGGGAAACGGAGUCAGGCAUCAGGCCAGCACUCGCCGGCCAGCCUGUCCCAGGAGCACUCCUUGGUUCCCUUCUCACCUUCUUCUCUGGUUUCCAGACAGGAUUAUUUAUUCUAAACGGGAUUCCUCUUAUUUAUCAUGUAAACACCGUGGCCGGAGGCGACUCUCAACAAGGAAGACUCAACCCUUGAAGGAGUAGGUUAGCCCUGAGGAAGAAGCCCAUCCAUCCUUGCAGAAGGUUGGCAGACAAAUCACUGGGAAAGCCCUGGGACACGGAGAAGCCCAAAGUAUCCAGGCCUACUAGGAAUUUGACUAAAGAAAUAUAUAACCUGAGCCAUGGAGAUGUCCAGGCCGAUGGAAGAUGUGACCAGAAAGGCAUGAAGCCCAACAAACCUGGAAGACUUGGCCCUCUUUCCUGGCCUCUAUGCUCCUGAAGCAGUCCUUGGGUUGCUAGGAAAUGAUGAGUGGUGACAAGUAACGAAAGUCCAGAAAAAUCGGCUUCCAAAAUCCAUCCUUGCUACUCAAAGUGUGGUGGGGGACUGGUUAGACAUGCAGAGAAGCUCAGGCCCCACCCCAGGUCUGCUGGAUCAGAAUCUGCAUUUUAAGGAGAUUCCCACCUCCUCUCUGCGCACCACCCACAUCCCCAUGAGGCUACACGUAUUAAAUUUCAGUGGUGUGGAUUUAUGCCACACUCUCCUAUAAGCUUGGAAAGCAGGAAUUCAUCAGUGCCCCUAACCCACUGGUAAACAGGGCUCCUGGACCUGCAAAACUGAUCCCCACCCAGAUAAGUCGGACCUGGGAUGCCGCCCGUCCUCUACGCCAGAGCAGCCAACAGCCUCCACUUUGACAUCUUUUCUCUCCAUCUGCAACAAACAGGCUCUCCUUAAAUUAGAGUGAGCCAUGCUGUAAGACCUGUUUGCUGGACAGUAAAGACAGCCCUGCCUUGGAUUCAUCAAAGUAUGUACAAUGAGGCUUAUAAAAUCAUUGUAGUAUUUGAGCCCAGAAUAAAAUGGCCAUGUGGGUAAAUGCUGUUGACUCAUCUUCAUUCAUUAUCUGGUGCUGCAAAACCAGCCUGACUCCUGCCCUCACCCCUGCCUGGGCUUCUCACACACCACUGUGUUCUGUCCCCACGUCCCCGUGAAAACACUUCUCCCCAAGGUCACCAAUGUCCUGAUUGCCAGAUACGCUAAGCCAAAUGGCACCAGCCCUUUACAGGCCUUAUCUUACUUGACUGUUCUCAAUAUUUGGCACCACAGACCACCCCUCCUUCCUGAAACCCUCCCUUCCCACACUUCCUU